AUGAACAAAAGGCUAAUCUUACUCUCAUUCUCUCUGAGAAGCUCGGUCCAGCUUCACAGGCCUCCUCUUUACCACUCAAUCUCUCUCUUGUUUUACUCUUCCUCCAAUCCCAAAAGGUCGAACUCAAAAUCAAAGCCCAAAGUAGCAGUAGCUGAAUAUCUAAUCAACCGGCACCAGUUUUCCCCAGAAGCCGCUUUAAAAGCCUCAUCACCCAUUGCUUUUCUUCGAAGUACCGCAGAAUCGGAUUCGGUGCUUUCAUUUCUCAAGGAAAGCGGUUUCUCCAAAACCCAUCUGGAGGAAGUGGUUAAAAGGGUCCCGUGGAUUCUUCGUGCCAAUCUUGACACGGCCAUCAAACCCAAAAUCAAGGUUUUGCAAGACUCUGGCUUUUCAGAUUCCGACAUUGCCGAUCUUAUAUCCUCAGACCCCUGGAUUUUAAGGCGGAGUGCCGAUAAAGGUCUUGGCCCUGCUAUUUUAGUGUUGAAGAACAUUCUGAGUUCUAAUGCAGGUGUGCUUAAGGUUUUAAAGUUAUCUGCUUGGAGAGCAUUAAGGGUUUUGUUAAAAGGGGUUGAUGAAAUGGGUUUUGAUAGGAAGUCCAAGAUGUUCCUAUACGCUAUUCGGAUCAUGAGUUCGAUGACUUUGGAGACCUGGGAACUGAAGGUGAAGCUCUUCCAGAGUUUGGGGUUUUCGGAAAACGAUAUCUUGGUGGCGUUUAGGAGGGCUCCCCAGGUGUUUGCUACGUCUGAGAAGAAGAUUAAGGAGGCAAUAGAAACGCUGCUUGGCUCUGGCAAGGUUGAUAUCUCAUUUCUAGUUAGUCACCCAGAAUUGCUUAUUUGUAGCGUUGAGCACAGGCUGAAACCACGACUACAAGUUAUAGAGAACCUGGAAAAGAGAAAUCUACUUGGGAAAAUACCUAACUUGAGCACAAUCUGCAAGUAUACUGAACAGAAGUUUGCUGAAGAAUUUGUAGUUGCUUAUGCAAAUGAACUUGACCAGUGAAGAGCCAUGCUAAUGCGAUUUGAAUAUUUUUAGCUGGCACUGGCAUUUGAUGAAUGCUUGUAACUUGCAGGAAGAAUUUAUAUUUUCUUGGGAAGGGCAUGGAAGGAAAGGAUAUAGAAAGGCCAUGAUUGUUUUUGAGGUAUUUUCUUUUGUGCACUCGUGUUUCCUUCUAUUAAUCUUUGUAAGAAAGUUGUAACAGGGCCCGACUGCUUCUCUAGGAAGCGCAUCUGCUUAGUGUUCUUGUGGCUCCACUUACUAAUUUCUCUGAACU